GAUAACCUUUCCAACGUGGUCGUCGCUGCUGCUGGCUGCUCCAGUUGCCAACGACUUCGACAGCGUCGCUAGAUUACAGCGCUCAGUCUGCCCGCAAAGCGUGUAAGGAACGCACGUUCAAAAUCCGACUUGCAAACUUUUAAGAAAAGAUCAAAAGAACGUUGUAAAGAUUUAAACCCCUCUAUUUGAAUACCAGACAUUAACAGUUAACCAACUGAGAGAUGGGCAUUCUGCGAUAUUACGAUGUGGCCGCAUUCGAUGCUGAGGAGGAGCAGCGUCUGCUGCAGCGUCUGCAGGCAGUUGAUCCGCAGCUGGUGUCCGUUAGACUGGAGCGUUGCUAUCACCUGGAGUACGACAAUCGGAGCAGUGGCAGUGGCAGUGGCCAACAUCCUUUGCCACUGGUUGAGUUGAUGUGUUGGCUGGUUAAGCAACCACUUCAGGCGGAGCAAUCUCUUAGCAAGCGGGCAGCUCUGCAGCUGAAGGAUGAGCGCACUCAAUUGCUGGUGGAGAUUGGGCCACGUUUCAAUUUCUCGACGCCGUACUCCACGAACUGUGUGAACAUCUUUCAGAAUCUUGGCUACAAGGAGGUGCGACGCAUGGAAUGCUCCACAAUUUAUUUGCUGACAUUUGCCCAGGCGGCGGCGACACGUGAAUUAUCCCGUUAUGUGUCAGUGCUCGGGGAUCGGAUGACGCAGUGCAUCUAUACGGAGAGUAAUAUGCCGCGUGAUAGUUUCGAUGAGCAGCUGCCGGCCGAGCAAGCCGCCUGGAGCUAUGUGCCCGUGCUGGAACAGGGACGUCCGGCGCUGGAGGAGAUCAAUCGGGAGCUGGGCUUGGCGUUCACCGACUACGAUUUGGAUUACUAUGCGGAGCUGUUUGGCCAGACGCUGAAGCGAAAUCCGACCACUGUGGAACUCUUCGAUUGUGCGCAGAGCAACAGUGAGCACUCCCGCCACUGGUUCUUCCGCGGACGCAUGCUGCACGCGGGCAAGGAGCUGCCGCGCACACUGAUUCAGCUCAUCAUGGACACGCAGAGCAAUACGAAUCCCAAUAAUACGAUUAAAUUCAGUGAUAAUAGUAGCGCCAUUGUGGGCUUCACGCAUGAUGCACUGCAGCCGCUGGAGAUUGGCGUGCCGGGUGCUGUUCAAGUGCAGCGCAUUGAAUCCGAUUUGAUAUUCACGGCGGAGACGCACAAUAUGCCCACGGCUGUGGCACCCUUCAGUGGCGCCACCACCGGCACUGGUGGUCGGCUGCGCGAUGUUCAGGGUGUGGGUCGGGGUGGAUUACCCAUUGCCGGCACCGCCGGCUACUGUGUGGGUGCUCUCCACAUUCCGGGCUACAGUCAGCCCUAUGAACCCAAGGGAAUGAAGUAUCCCGGCUCGUUUGCCCCGCCGCUGCAGGUGCUGAUCGAGGCGAGCAAUGGUGCCUCGGACUAUGGCAAUAAAUUUGGUGAGCCGCUCAUCGCUGGCUUUGCCAUAUCGUAUGGUCUGCAGAAUGCGGCUGCACCCCAGAUCCGGGAGGAGUACGUCAAGCCCAUCAUGUUCAGUGGUGGACUGGGCACCAUGCCCGCCUCCAUGCGCCACAAACUGACGCCGGAGCGAGGCCAGCUGCUGGCGAAGAUUGGCGGGCCAGUUUAUCGCAUUGGCGUUGGCGGCGGCGCCGCUAGCUCCGUGGAGGUUCAGGGCUCCGGCGAUGCUGAACUCGACUUUAAUGCCGUGCAGCGUGGCGAUCCGGAGAUGGAGAAUAAAUUGAAUCGCGUGGUUCGCGCCUGCAUUGAGCUGGGCCCCCGUAAUCCCAUCCUGGCCAUACACGAUCAGGGCGCGGGUGGCAAUGGGAAUGUGUUGAAGGAACUUGUCGAACCGGGCUUUGCGGGCGCCAUCAUCUUCAGCGGUGAAUUCAAGUUGGGCGAUCCCACAAUCACCGCCCUGGAGCUGUGGGGCGCCGAGUACCAGGAGAACAAUGCGAUUCUCUGCAAGCCAGAGGAUCGAGAGUUGCUCGAACGGAUCUGUGCACGCGAACGUUGCCCCAUUAGCUUUGUGGGCGUGGUCACUGGCGAUGGCCGGGUCACACUGGUGGAGCAGGCGGCUCCCACCGAUCUGCAGCAAGCUCUGCUGCCCGAGGUGCGCAAAAGUUUUGGAGCCACGCCUUUUGAUCUGGAGUUGUCGUAUGUGCUGGGCGAUAUGCCCAAGCGCACCUACGAUCUCGCCGAAAUACCCAUUCCACGCCAGUUGCUUCAGCUGCCCCAGAAUAUGCUGGUUGCGGAUGCACUGCAGCGCGUCCUGAGCAUUGUCGCCGUGGGCAGCAAACGCUUCCUGACCAACAAAGUGGAUCGCUGUGUCGGCGGCCUCAUUGCCCAGCAGCAGUGUGUGGGCCCCCUUCAGGCGCCCUUAUCGGAUUACGCACUGACCACCGUCUCACAUUUCAGCACGGCCGGCAUUGCCACUUCCAUUGGCACGCAGCCCAUCAUGGGUCUCAUUAGUCCAGUGCACAUGGCGCACAUGUGCGUGGCCGAGGCGCUGAGUAAUCUGGUCUUUGUGAAGAUCAGCGAGAUGGCGGACAUCAAGUGCUCGGGCAAUUGGAUGUGGGCGGCCAAGUUGCCCGGCGAGGGCUACAAAAUGUACCAGGCUUGUCUGGCGCUGAGCAAGGUGCUGCAGGAGUUGCGCAUUGGUAUUGACGGCGGCAAGGAUUCGCUGUCGAUGGCCGCCAAAGUGGAUGGCGAAGUCAUCAAAUCACCGGGCACCCUUGUCCUGUCCACCUAUGCGCCGUGUCCGGAUGUGCGUGUACGAAUUACGCCCGAUCUCAAGGGUCCGGCAUGUGGCGGCAAGGAGACCGCUUUGCUUUGGAUCAAUAUUGAGAGAUGUGCACGUCUUGGUGGAUCGGCACUGGCCCAGGCCUACUCGCAGCAGGGCGAAUCGACGCCCAACAUGCUGCAGACUCAAGUGCUGACCAAGGCUUUUGAGGUGACUCAAACGCUGCUGGGCGAGAAACUAUUGCUGGCCGGACACGAUGUCAGCGAUGGCGGUUUGAUUGUUUGUCUGCUGGAGAUGGCAAUCGGUGGACUAAGUGGACUCCAGCUGGACAUCGGGGAGGCAACAGCGGGCGUUUCCAGCUACGAUGCAGUCAGCGACAAGAUUGGCAACGACACCUGUCUGCUGUUCAGCGAGGAAUGUGGCUGGGUGCUGGAGGUGGAAGUAUCCCAACUGGAAUUGGUUCGCUCUCGAUUCAAGCAGGCUGGCGUACCCAACUAUUAUCUGGGCAAGACUCGCGGCUAUGGUUUGGCCAACUCACGUGUGAUCAUCCAAAAUGGCAGCAAAACGCUGCUUGAUGAACCGUUGCUCGAACUGUACCAGCAAUGGGAGCGCACCAGCUACGAGCUGGAGAAGCUCCAGGCAAAUGUCGUCUGUGUCCAAUCCGAAUACGAUAGCCUUAACUAUCGCCAAGCGCCACAAUAUAAGGCACCUGCCAAUCUGCAUGCGGAGCUUACCCUGAAGCGCUGUGUUCAACCCAUUCGGGUGGCUGUGCUCCGCGAGGAGGGCGUCAACAGCGAGCGCGAAAUGAUGGCCAGUCUUCUGAGGGCCAACUUUGAGGUGCACGAUGUGACCAUGUCGGAUCUGCUCGCAGGCACCACCAGCUUGUCGCAGUAUCGUGGCUUGGUCUUUCCAGGCGGAUUCAGCUAUGCGGACACCUUGGGCUCCGCCAAGGGCUGGGCAGCGAACAUUCUGCACAGCUCCGUGCUGCAGCCCCAAUUUGAAGCAUUCAAAAGGCGUACGGAUGUCUUCUCGCUGGGCAUUUGCAAUGGCUGCCAGCUGAUGACGCUGAUUGGCUUCGUGGGCAGCACAACAGUCGCAAAUCCCGCUAAUCCCGAGGUGGCUCUGUUGCACAAUCUGUCGCAGCGCUUUGAAUGCCGCUGGUCAACAGUAAGGAUACCGCCCAAUCGGUCCAUCAUGCUGAGCAACAUGCACGACCUGGUCCUGGGCUGCUGGGUGGCUCAUGGCGAGGGACGAUUCGCGUUCCGGCGCGAGGAGUUGUUGAGUCAGUUGCACAAGGAGCAACUGGUGACGCUGCAGUAUGUGAAUGAUGAGGGCGUGCCCACCACCACCUAUCCCAUGAAUCCCAAUGGCAGUCCCCAGGGCAUCGCUGGCCUCUGUUCGCCGGAUGGCCGUCAUUUGGCCCUGAUGCCGCAUCCCGAGCGCUGCAGCGCCAUGUAUCAGUGGCCCUAUGUGCCGCCGGGCUUUGCAGUCGACGCAGGCACCCAGAUGGAGAGUCCUUGGCAGCUGAUGUUCAACAACGCCUACAAUUGGUGUGCACAACUACUGGACUAAUAUAGACCGACAUUCCAAUUAUUCUUCAUUCUACUCUAUUAUUGACAUUUAUUCUCAUUACUUUUCUACUUGCCAUUUUAUAUUGUAUGCAAUAUUUAAAUAUUAAAUAAACACACAUAAUUAUCUCUAAAA